AUGCAACGAAUUACCUCAAUCAGAGAAUAAAAGAAAUUCAAGACCAAUUUAACAUUUCUGAUUAUUUUCAGUUUGUUUAUGGAUCUUGGGGAAAUCCUUAUAGGCUACAUUAUUUCUUGCACAAACUAAACAACGACAACAUUCAAUGUUAAAUUCGACUUUGUUAAUGAGAACCAAGCCUUAUAUCAGGGUUUAAUAGGGUCUAGCGGAGUGUUAGGAAUGACUAUAGGAGCAAUAUCAGGCGGAAAAAUAAUGUAAGGUGGGCGAAAAUGGGCCUUUUAGUUCUCUAGCAUCAUUGGAGUAAUUGGAUCAGGCAUAAGCUUGAUAGAAAAUAUUCCUGCAAUACUUAUCGGAAGGACCUUAUUUGGCUUUGCUUGUGGAGUCUAAUCAGUCUGCAUUCCGAGAUUUAUAGAGGAGACAGUACCACAGCAUUAAUACUAGGUUUAUUCAACGAUUGCUACGCUCUGUCAAGGAGUAGGUUCUUUGAUUGCAAUGGCAAUGGGUGAAGGAUUCCAAGAUGAUUCUGAUACUGAAGCUCUUAAGAAAAGUGGAUUUUGGAGAGUAAUUUUUGGAUUCCCCCUAGUGUUGUAUGUUGUUUGCAUUAUUGGAGUUUAAUUUUAUGUGAAGUAUGAAAGUGUAAAGUACUGUAUAUUCAAUGACAGAAGAGAAGAGGCCAAGAAGAUGAUUAAAAAUGUCUACCAUAAAUCUGAAAAUCCUGAAGAGAUUAUUAUUGGUUUUGAGAUAAAUACUUAAAGGGACACAUCAUUUGUCACAUUGAAAUAAGCAAUGAGUUCAGAUAAAUAUAGAAAGGGGACAAUCUUAGUUAUCAUACUGAUUAUAUUUCAUGAACUUACAGGCAUCAACGCUAUAUUACUUUACUCGAAUACUAUGUUCAAAUAGAUGGGAUUAUAAAAGCCCAGAUUGGGAACCUAUGGCUUAGGUGUCGCACAGUUAUUUGGGUUAGGAAUAGCAAUAUGGAUGCUGAAAAAAGUUGGAAGAAGAUUGCUUUUAAUUACUGGGCAUUUCCUGAUGGCAACAUGCCAUUUACUGAUUGGUAUAUUUGCCUAUUAAAACAUGAGUAUCUGGGUCGCUGUCAUGAUGAUCUCCUUCAUCAUGACUUAUUAGAUUACUAAUGGACCCGUGAUAUGGCUUUACACGAGUGAGGUUGUAGUUGAUACUGCACUGGGGGCUUGCAUUUUCACUCUGUGGGGUACUGUGUUGGUACUGAGUUUAACAACAAAUUUCCUAAUGAAUAGCGCAUUAAGACCCUAGGGAGUGUUCUGGCUAUUCUCAGGGAUCUCCAUUUUUGGAGGAAUUUAUUGCAUCAUAUUCAUCCGUGAAACAAAAGGACUGACAGACAAGGAAAAGAAGACACUUUACUCCCCUUAAAAUUUGAAGAGUUCAGCUGCGUUUUAGCAGCAUGAAUCAAUUGAGUUCUGA